AUGAGCUCGCGGCAUUCGAAAAUCACUGUCGAAUACCACCGGCCAUCCCGCGAGUCCAUACAGGAGUACAACGCGCUGCUGUCGGACGCCAACUUGGCCGCAAAGAAUCGUCCAAAUCGCCCCGCGCCCCCGCCUCCAUCACCCUCCGUCCUGCACAAACGCCCUCGGAAGCACAGCGCACCCCCGCCGGUCACCCUCCCUUCUUUUUCGCCCGCAGGAUCGCCCUCUCCGCCGCCCGCAUCUGCCAUGGUCGCCUCAUCCACUGUCGCGCCCCCGCCACGCCCAUCCCGCGCGAACACCGCGACGCUCAACGACAUCUUCGGCGAUGGCGCCAACGCCGCCGCUGCAGCCGCCCAGCAGGAGUCGUCGCCCCAGCCGCCUCCGGUGCCCUAUCCCGAACGCCGCCUCUCCGACCCCAUCUACACCGACGUCCCGCCCACCCGCUCGCGCUCGAACACAAAGACGAUCAAAAAGUCGGGCGGCGUGCUUGGCUUCAUGUCCGAUUUUCUCAACAAUAACAAGCGACCGGAGAUCAGCACCCCGUACGACCCUGUGCACCUCACCCAUGUCGGCUUCAACUCGUCCACGGGCGAGUUCACCGGCCUGCCCAAGGAGUGGCAACAGCUGCUCCAGGAGAGCGGCAUCUCGCGCAGCGAGCAGGAGAAGAACCCGCAGGCGGUCAUGGAGAUCGUCAAGUUCUACCAGGAGGGGCAGGGCACGGGCGAGAUCUGGGACAAGAUGGCCAUGGGCCAUCAACAGUCACAGGCGCAACAACGAUCACCGCCUCCACCACCGAAACCCAAGGCAGCAACAGCGCCCUCAGCAUAUCGCCCUGCUCCUUCCGCGCCUUCUGCCUCCACUGCGCUAGAUCGGUCCGUAUCACAACGAACGGCCCACAAACCGCCAUCGCAGCCGUCGAUCGGACGCGCGAAUACCACAGCUGGUCGCGAUUCCUCUCGUCACCCCGCCGCUGCCAGCGCGAGUCGAGCGGCACCUCCAGCUCCCGGUGGCGAGCGCAGAGAACACAAGGCUAAGCAAACCCAGCAACCCUCUGCCGCCGCUGCCAGCCUUGCCAAGGUCGGCCAGGCCACUCCGAGGAGGCGAGAGAAGAAGCCUGGCGACAAGGAGGAACAUGAAGCUAUCAUCACGCGCCUCAAGCAGAUCUGUACUGACGCUGAUCCAACCCGGCUGUACCGUAACCUCGUCAAGAUCGGUCAAGGUGCUUCCGGUGGCGUGUACACCGCUUACCAGAUGGGCACGAAUGUGUCUGUCGCGAUCAAGCAGAUGGACCUCGACAAGCAGCCGAAGAAGGACCUCAUCAUCAACGAGAUCCUCGUCAUGCGCUCGUCGCGGCACCCAAAUAUCGUCAACUACAUUGAUUCUUUCCUCUAUAAGAACGAUCUAUGGGUCGUCAUGGAGUACAUGGAGGGUGGCAGCUUGACGGACGUGGUCACCGCGAACCUGAUGACUGAGGGCCAGAUUGCGGCCGUGUCCCGCGAGACGUGCCAGGGUCUUGAGCAUCUGCACCGUCAUGGAGUCAUUCACCGUGAUAUCAAGAGCGACAACGUACUGCUCAGCUUGAAUGGGGAUGUCAAGCUCACUGACUUCGGGUUCUGUGCUCAAAUAUCGGAGGGUAAUGCGAAGCGAACGACGAUGGUUGGCACGCCAUACUGGAUGGCGCCCGAAGUCGUGACGCGCAAAGAGUACGGACCGAAGGUUGACAUCUGGAGUCUGGGUAUCAUGGCCAUCGAGAUGAUUGAGGGCGAGCCGCCGUACUUGAACCAGAAUCCGCUGAAGGCGCUCUACUUGAUUGCCACGAACGGCACGCCGCAGAUUGCGAACCCGGAGAACCUGUCGGCGGUGUUCACGGACUACCUGAAGCAGACGCUCGAGGUGGACGCGGAGAAGCGGCCGGAUGCGACGCAGACACUGCAGCACCCCUUCUUCAAGCUCUCGGAGCCGCUGCGGACGCUGACGCCGCUCAUCAAGGCGGCGAGGGAGAUUGCAAAGAGCAAGAGUGGCGGUGGUGGCGGUGGCGGGGGGCAGCACUAA